GCAUGUCUGCCCUUAGUUGAGCUUCUUCUUCUUUUCUCGCCGGCGGGAGGUCACCCACUACCGCCCUUUCACACACACACACACACACACACGCAAGCCAGAAGUGGGAAAGAGAAAGAGCGCACGAAAAUGAAAAUAACGAAACGAGGAGGUCAAUCAUUGAAUUCAAUCUUACUGAAGAUAGAAUUUCCCUGCUUCAGGUUGUACCUUAAACUUUUCCCCGAUCUGUGUGCAAUUCCGAAGAGCGAGUAAAUAUAAAUUCAGAUUUAGCCGAUUUCCUCAUGCCGACAAUCUUGAUUGGGGCUAAAAUGGUCAAAUGCGCAGGUCUGCCCUUAGUUAAAGUCUGAAUAUUUGUUGUUCUCCGCUCUCCGCUCUGCGCUCGCUCUCUCGCACACACGUGCAUCGAAAUUGCGGGGGCGCUGUAGGUCUUUGUUUACAAAUACGCCACUGCAGGUGCCAUAUAUAAGUUCAAAAAUUCGAAAUUUAUAUAAUAAAUAAAUAACGAGAUAACGAGCAAAAUUCGGAUUCAGCUACGUUUUCGUUUGCCACAAGUAUGUGGGAAUUACGCGACUUAUUGCGCAUUUCCACACGCACACAUGCACGCCCGUCAGUUUGUGAUUGUCGCUUGAGGAGAGCAUAACGCCGGUCGUCUCGCCAGGUGGUGGAAACAAGUUUAUACAUAUAUAUGCACAUCCAGAUCCAGAGCAACUACAACAAUCGGUGGGAGUAUGUGAGGUGUUUGCCAACACUGGACGCUCCAAGUGGCAACUCUGGCCAACUGUAAACAACAACAGCUGAUUGCAGCUUGAACAACAAAAAAGAUGGCAGCUGCACUACCAGAUCGCUUCAGUGCGGGCAAACGGCAGUUCUGGCGCGAGUUUCUGGCCCUUUAUCAGGGCAUGCCAGAACUGUGGGACGUCCACCACGUCAAUUACAGGAACAAGGAGCUGCGGAACCGGGCCUACGAGUUGCUGGAGCGAAAACUCCGGGAGAUCCAGCCGAAUGCCACGCGCACCGAAGUGGGGAGGCGCAUCAACAUAUUCCGCACCAAUUACAGGCGGGAGCAGAUGCGAAUCCUCAAGCAGAAGGAGCUGGGGCUGCACUCUGACCUCUGUAAACCGACUCUCUGGUUCUACGACUACAUGGGUUUCCUCCUGACCCAGGAGACCUUCCAGCACAGGACCAGAAAAGGUCGUGGCGGCAGACAAAAGCCCGAUUUUCGCAGGGAAAAGGAUGACAAGUACACCUCGAAAAAUACAGAUCUCAACACGGACAGCGUUUGUGAUUGGCCGAUGAAGGAUGACAGCGCUUUUAACUACCCGUCCGAGCCCACGGCCCCACAAUCCGAAGAGGGUUCCCUGCUCAGUCCAAAAGUGGAGAUCAUAGAGCCGGAAGAAGGGCACUGUGAAGUCAAAGAGGAAACGUGUUUGGGAAAUUCAUUGGACCCGAAGGAACCCACAUCCUCGGUCCAAACGGAUCCCGAGAAUGAGCGAGGAACGGCACCCAUGAAACUAAGCGAAUCCUCCGAAGUGCUGGCCAGAUCCUGGGCUAUCCAGUACGAGGAAAUGUCGCCCACGCAACGGAUUCUGGCCAGAAAGGCCAUCGCGGACAUCCUGUUUGAGGGAUGCAUGGGCAACCUGCGAAUAAACCGUGGCGAUCAGCAGAGCACCGUGGGAAAUCAUUUCUGAAUACUAGAUUACUACUACGUCAUCGGAUGUUCCUGCAUUUGUUACUCUACGAGUUUUCGUAGCUCAGAACUAAGCAUACGGCUCUAAAGAAAGUUCGAACCCACUCAGGCCAUAAUAACGAUGAAGGAGGCAUUGCAAACUAGGGGUAAUAUAGGUACUAAAAAUAAAAUUAAGAUUCAAAAGUGAAUACAGUUUAAAUAUAUCA